AAUACAUUUUAGUUAUUAGUUUAAUUAAAAUUUAAAAUAAAUAUAUUAUUGUUAUAGAUUAUGGUUGCAUCAUCUUCUAGAUUGUAUUUUUGUCCAAUGUGUGGUUUUUCUAAAUAUAACUCUUACAAUUCCCCGAAUCCAACGUGUUCCUGUAUAAACACUAUGAACUAUCAAAAUUAUCAGAAUUCGGUUGGUCCUACAAAUAUCCCAUAUCCCUAUUGCAGUGCUCAAAAUACUGAUACAAACUCUCUGUUGAGGUCGGGGCAACCGGCUGACAACGUCGUUGGUUCUUCUUGUGAUUGCGGUAGAUUUCCGUAUGACGUUCAAGUUCCACCUAAUAUUCAACCAUUACCGGCAAAAUUGUCUUAUCCGUAUGUUGCUGACGGUCCAUCGGGGCCAUGUCAAGAAACAUUCAAAAAUUUUGGAUAUCAGUUACAAGUACCCGCAGUUCCCGGACGUGUUCCAAACUAUGGUUCUAUUAGUGGAAUCAUUGACAAAACAUACAAAAAGUGCACUCCGUGUCCAUGCAAAUUGUUAAAUUGAAUCGACAAAAGAUAACAACUGCAGAAUGAGAGAGAAUUUAAUGCAUUUAAGUUUCAGCAGUUAGUAUAAAUCUUUCUUAAAAAAAGACU